AUGAGUUGUGCAAAGAGGCCACACCCCCAUCCAGAGACGCAGACACACCUACAUCCAGGUCAGCCAAGCAAAAACGAUAGAGCCGAGCCAGACCGCAAAUCCGCCAGCGCCACAGCAACACCACACAUCCUUCUGUUCAUUCGUAGGGGCACGGCGAAGACCACUAACCCCAAACACACACAACCCACCAGGAACCAUCCAGCAAACGAGCAAACCCCACCCCAGUACGAGGCCGAGAAGCCUGACGCAAGUGCAGAGCUCAGCGACGCCCGCCCUGCCUCACCCACGCCCGGAGGUCAGAGCCGCCGCGCACAGGACCACCGCCCCAACACCACAGCACGCCAUACAGUGGAGGACGGAAUGCAGCAAGGACCACCCAAUGCAAAAGCUGCACACAAUGCUCACACUGCGCAAAAGCGCCCCCACCAGCCCCCCAAAAACAAAGCCCCCCGUGAAAGUGCACCACCACAAAAAGAAGACUUGCAGCAUCCAGGUCCUAGAACAUGCCCGACACCCAUACCCCUGCCAGAAGCAGCCCCGCAAGAAGACCCACCCCAAGGCCCACAAAAGGCAAGAGAGCCCACAGAGCCAAAACCCAUCCGGAAACCGAGACCAAUCCACCCCGAGACUAACCCCGGCCAGCCCGUACACUCGAACCAUGCAGACCCCUCCGAACCCCCUCCCCCAGACAGAAAAGGGACUGGCAUCAGUAACCAGAACCAAGACAAGGAACCAGAAACCGAGCCAGAACCACCAAAGACCAAACGAUGCCCACAACCAUCCAAGGCCAACCACCCAUCCCCACCCCAGAAGGAAACCUACACCCACCCCAACAUUCGAACUCCCAGAGCACAUAAGACAUUGGACACCCAGGUUGACCCCGCCCCACCCCCUCCCGCAGACCCUCUGCCCCCGCAGCAGAAUGUGCUCCUUGAAGGAAGGAGCACCUGCAAUGAGAUGGGACCUACCCGCCAGCUUCGGAGGCCCUUAUACCCACCGGUACACCAAAGGUCCUCGAGCCAGGGCCGGGCGCCUGGGAAUGCACCAGCCCAAAACCCCGGCGACAUACCCGCCAGGACCCAAGACCCCCAAGGCCCAGCCAGGACCCUGGCCCGGGGGGCAAUGUCCGUCGGCGCAGGCCCCCCGAAAGAGUCGCAUGCAGCUACCAGAUGUCUCCCUCAAGAGCCACCAAAGCCCCAACCCGGCCAGGACCACAGCCCCCAGCGCCAGAGCCCCCAGCGAUCCCAGCCCAGGUACACCCCAAAUGCCCCAACCCAGACACCCCCCCGAAUCCGCCACAACGCCCCACAGGAUGAAGCCAAGGGCGCCCCACCCCCACUAGGCGAUGGAGCCAAUUAA